UGCGCUGCUGGCACCGCCUGGGGGCGAGCAACCUAGAGCCGCCGUCGCCGCCGUUGCGACCGCCGCAGCGGAGUUCAGAGGGCCCGGAGGUGGGAGACUUCCCGCACGGUGGCGGAGAUGUCGUCCACCGCGGUCUUCUACCUUCUCUCCACCCUGGGAGGGUACUUGGUAACCUCGCUUUUGUUGCUCAAAUACCCGACCUUGCUGCACCCGAGAAAGAAGCAGCGAUUCCUCAGUAAACACAUCUCUCACCGCGGAGGUGCUGGCGAAAAUUUGGAGAACACAAUGGCAGCUUUUCAGCAUGCAGUUACAAUUGGAACUGAUAUGCUGGAAUUGGACUGCCAUAUCACAAAAGAUGAACAAGUUGUAGUGUCUCAUGAUGAAAAUCUAAAGAGAUCAACUGGGGUCAAUGUAAACAUCUCUGAUCUCAAAUACUGUGAACUCCCACCUUACCUUGGCAAAUUGGACGUCACAUUUCAAAGAGCAUGCCAAUGUGAAGGAAAAGAUAACCGAAUCCCAUUACUGAAGGAAGUUUUUGAGGCCUUUCCUAACACUCCCAUUAACAUCGAUAUCAAAGUCAACAACAAUGUGCUGAUUAAGAAGGUUUCAGAGUUGGUGAAGCAGUACAGACGAGAACACAUAACGGUGUGGGGUAAUGCCAGUUAUGAAAUUGUAGAAAAGUGCUACAAAGAGAACUCAGAUAUUCCUAUACUCUUCAGUGUGCAACGUGUUUUGCUUGUUCUUGGCCUGUUCUUCACUGGUCUCUUGCCAUUUGUGCCCAUUCGAGAACAGUUUUUUGAAAUCCCAAUGCCUUCUAUCAUAUUGAAGCUGAAAGAACCACACACCAUGUCCAGAAGUCAGAAAUUUCUCAUCUGGCUUUCUGAUACUUUACUAAUGAGAAAAGCUUUGUUUGACCACCUGACUGCCCGAGGCAUUCAGGUGUAUAUUUGGGUGUUAAAUGAAGAACAAGAAUAUCAAAGAGCUUUUGAUUUGGGAGCAACUGGGGUGAUGACAGACUAUCCAACAAAGCUUAAGGAUUUUUUACAUAAUUUGUCGACAUAAAAAAGGAGAUACUCAAAAACAGUCAAAGAAAACAUGAAAAGACCUAAGGAAAAAAAUUUGCCAUCAUUCCCCUAAGCCAUUUCCAGAAUGGUAAAGGUUUAAUCAGUUAAGUUUUUAUUACCUCAUUUUUAAGCCUGUCUGAGAAUGUAGAAAAUAUAUAUUGUAUAUUUAUUUUAAACAAUAUUGCAUAUUUUACAUUUGUAUAUUGGUUAGAAAGAUAACUGGUUAUGAGAUGUAAGUGGACUAUUGAUCAAGAUGUCUGUAUAUGAUGCAGUAUUCUGUUAUGAGUAAUUCUAAAAUCAAAGACUACUGGAUAGAUUUGACAUUAGCCUUCACUGGAAUAAGAUAACUAAUUAGUAAAAGAAAAUUAUUGAAGUCCAUUACAGCUAUUCUGAGUUGUCUUGUUGUUUCUGGGCACAUCUUAGUUAAAGGGAAAAAGUACAGUGGAAGGAGAGCUUGGAAAUCAGGGCUGUAGUUAUCUGACAAGUUGUGCAUUAUUAACAGAAGGCAGACUCAAAGAUUUAACUGAAGAUUUCUUGAUCAGAAAUAAAAUCUGUACCCUGAAAUAGAUUACUUGGUUGCUUGUUAAUGGGGACAUUUUAUUUGGAAUCUUUUUCAGGUGUGUAACUAUGCUACCAUGUAUUUUUGUUUUUUGUAAACAUUAAAAUUGGAUUUAUUAAUUAUAAAUUAAGACAAGAGCCAAACAGUCAUAUUUUUAUGUUUCCUCUAAAGAAAUGUAAAUUUUCCAUUUUUGGCAAUGACUAACAGUUUGGGCAUACAUCUAGAUUUUAAAUAAGAUCCUGAAUACUCCUGAUCACAUGAAACUGAUGAAAAUGCAUAUCAUUGUUUCUAAUACUUAGAGUAUGAACCAUCUGUUCCUGAUCUUCAAGAAUUUAUUCUUUGAGUAUUAAGUGGAAACAGAAUUUCCUAAAGCUUUAGACAUCACUUUCUCAGCUUUCCUGGUGAUUUCAUGCAAAUCUGUUUUUAAUCAUUUUGACUAAUUUUCAUUAUCUCUUUGGGAGGUAAAUAAAAUCUGGAAUAAUAAGUGUCUUUUACCUAGAAGACAUCUGUCAUUUGGAGUUUGCUAGCUAACAGCGAUGAAGGGUGAUCAUACUCUCCCACCUGUCCCUGAAUGACAUAAAUAACAUUUGGUUUUUUUGUUCUUUAAAUGGAAAUAAAGUUUUACAAGAAUGAAAUAAAGGUUACUCAUUGUUCUUUUGCAGCUCUAAUCCAAAUAUGCUUUAUAGAUUUUUUUUUUUGCAGAAGUUAAUGAGGUGAUGAAUUAAUAAUAUGAGUUAACUGCACCUGAGAUUUCUCUCCAGCAUAAGGAAAAUAAAAUAUAGAAACACUUUUAUGGUAAAGAAGUUGCCUCUUGGCAUUUGAACAAAUAACUCAGGCAGGUAAUCCAUUACGUCAGUCAUUUUCACUUUCACUUACUAUAAUUUUGUGUUAUAGUUGCUCGGGAUCAUUUUGAUCAUCAUUGAUAUAAUUAUUUUUGUUACUUCUUCUUUCCAAAUUUUACAUUGUUAUGAGCAGAAUCUGUUCAGAGCAGUUCGUAUUAUUGAGCCAGCAUAUAUUUUGCAUCAACCAGUAGAACAUAAAGUACCCAGUAUGGUAACAAUGUAUAGAAAGUCAUGUUUUAAAAGUUUGAUGACUUCAUAGUCAAGGUGAUUUUAAUUCACUUAAUAAAAGCAUAGUAACUAUAACAAGAGUUGAUAUUCAUUGUCAGAUAACAUCUUAAUACUGCUUUUCUGAUUUAGGGCAUCACAUUUUAAAAGAGGUUGAAUAGUUAUACUCCUGAGUGUACGUCAAUUAUGCUUCAAUAAAAAUUUUAAAAUAAAUAAAAGAGGUUAAAUCCCCUUUCAUUUAGAGCUACUGCUAGGCACAGUGAUCGCCGUGGUGGGGAAGGCUGGAGAAAUGGUCAAAAGAUGGACUCAGAUGCUUCUACUGGGAUGAGGCUGCACUAGGUUUGACAGAUCUAGCCAAGGCCUAGUCAGCAUGCCAAAGCAAGGCAAGGACAUGGCAGUGGAGAGCAGUUGGCAGGCAUUUCAGCAACCAGUUGGCAUGAGGGAGUUUCAGCAUGAAGUAGUUAAGAGUUUCUCUACCAGAAGAAGGACCC